AUGGCUACUAAAACAGAGGUUACUGCCAUCACCAGCACCGCCACCGCAGCCGCCAAUUUCGAUGGCAUUGCCGAAAAUGCAGCGACAACGACGACGACAAAUGAGCAAAUAACAACACCCCCUCUAUGGGGUUCGGCACGUCUUUGUUAUACCAUUUGUGCCUUCUUGGCCAUGGUCAUUCAAUUGUGUCUGCGGAAUACCUUAAAUUUUGUGAUACUUUGUAUGGUCAAGCAUCAGCCGGCGAUUGUCUAUGACAAUUCCACCACAGAUGCAGCUGAAAUUGCAGUGGCCGACAGUCAUUGUGGGCCAAUUGAUACGGGAAGUUCGGUUAAUAGCACCAUACAAAGGACAGGUGAUCUAUUGUGGACACGUAGUCAAGAGUUCGCGGUGCUGGGUACCUUCUACUAUGGCUAUUUGGUAACAUUACCCAUAGCUGGACGUUUGGCCGAUCGAUUUGGUGGCAAACUGCUAUUUGUGCACUCUAUAACGGUGCAGGCAAUGGUAUUUAUGUUAUUACCAUUUUUUGCACGACAAAGUUAUACUGGAGCCGUAAUAGUACGGAUAAUACAAGGUUUAGUUGCGGGUUGUGGAAAUCCCGCACUGUAUCAACUAUUCUCCACUUGGGCCCAUCCCACCGAACGUACAGCUUUCCUAUCAUUUGCCUAUGGUGGCUACUCAGUGGGGGCACUCUUGGUAUUUCCCAUCUCCAGCUUCCUUUGUAAACUAGGUUGGGAGACGGCAUUUUAUGUUGUUGGUGGUAUCUCCUUACUUUUCGGCAUUACCUGCCAUUGGUUAGUUUACAGCAAAUUGGAGGAUCAUCCACGUCUUAGCAAAGAGGAAUAUCAGUAUUUGAAAAGUACUCAAGUGAAGACGGCCAAUAAUGAUGUACCCUGGAAAGAUAUAUUUACCUCAGUGCCCGUCUAUGCAUUCAUUUUUACGCACAUUUUCCACACCUAUGGUAUUAUGGUUUUUACCCUAUUGAUACCGAGAUUUUUCAAGGAGGCUAUGAGGCUGCCGCUCCUCUAA